GUUGUUGGGUGGGUUGUUUGGGUGUUAGGCCAUCAGGAGGGAGGAACCAAGAAGCCUGGUCCCGAGCUGGGGUCUCUCAGAUACUUUUCAGUUCAGGCCAGGGCUGUGGGGCGCUGAGAACCCCGGGGCCAGGCGGCCCCCACAAGCUAAUGAAAGCUCCUGCUUUGCAUUUGGAUGGAAGCUCUUCCAGGCAGCUUUACAUGUCUUUGAAUUAGUGAAAAGUAGAGAAAUAGUGAUUGUUGGUAGAUUCAGCCUAUUUGGUUAAAAGUUUUCCUUUUUCACAAAACUUGGGGCCUGUGGAGAGCAAUCCUGAAAGAGAUGCUUGGUGGUUAGAGGUGACUGGUCUCCUCUCACCUGAGUCUCAGCUCUGCCACCUGCUGCCGUGUCUGCUGAAUCUCUGGAGCCAUCAUUGUGAGACACACGUUAUCUUACACAGCACUGAGAAUGAGAAAGGCUGCCUAUUACGCAGUGAUCAGCUAUGAUUGUAGGGGGCGCCCCAUUUCAGAGGGGUUGAGACAUGAAAAGGACAUCUUAGAAUUGAUGAAAUAUGGUUGUUAUAGGACAUUGAAUAAGGCCCUCUCUCUGGGCCUCAGUUUCCCUAACUAUGAAAGGGGCCGAGGACAGCACCUCUGCCAAAAUCAAAUGAAUUAGUACAUAUGAGAGCAAAUUGUAGAAGACAGAGUUUCUGGAGAAGCAGCCAGUGAACUCUGGUGUGGAGCAGGAGGAGGCAGGAGGAGGGGUUCAGGGAGGGAGGGGCCCAUGGUGGGAGAGGCGGAUUUGCCACCCCCACCCUUCCCUGCCCCCCACAACAUCAUGUCACUAGGACGCAUCUCCUCCUUGUGUGGAAGUGAUACAGGCACUGUGCAAAAAGUCCGUCACAUACAGAAUGGAAGCAACAAGGAGAAAUUAUAAGUCACCCGUCACUCUGCCUCUGAAAGAUGCCCCUGGCGUGUUUUCUCUUGGUGGCCACUCUCCACGGCCAUGGCUGGCUGGGGCUCAGGCCACUCCCCCACCCCUGGGCUCAGCCUGGACCCCACUCUCAGCCUGGACCUGAUGGGGCAAAACCAGAAACGGGCUCAUUCUUUUCAUGGUAACCAGCAGAGGCUGUGGCAAAUGUACAGUGCAGUCGCUCCUCUCCCCUUUCCUGCUGUUUCCAUUGUCCUGUGGCCCCAUCCGGUCCCCUCCGCCUGCACACUCAUUUCUCACUGAGUGGGGCUGUCGUGUGGUGUGGCUGUGUGUUCUGCUUUGUCAUUGUAAUCCUCUAUCAGGCAUAUUUUUCCGUUUCAACUCCCAGUGCUUUUUCUCUUCUGUUCUAGCCACAGAAUGGACUGCUCUGUGACUUUUUUAAAGCUACAAUUAUAUUCUAACAGCUGCUCACAGCCAGUGUUACAACUGACAUUUAAAGACGCCUCUCCAUUUCCUUCUGAGUUGCCUUUCCCCUGCGAGAUAGGGAAGUCAGAAGAGUUUCCCAAGGAAAACUGUACUGAAAACUGAUGAUUUGUGGGUUUUCGUCUUCGUCAGCAUUUGUUUACGAUGACCAGAUCCUGGAGCGCUGUGGGGAGGACGCCAUCCACUACCUGUCCUUCCAGAGACACAUCAUCUUCCUGCUGGUGGCGGUCAACAUCUUGUCCCUGUGCGUCAUCCUGCCCGUCAACCUCUCGGGAGACUUGCUAGACAAAGAGCCUCACAGUUUUGGGAGGACGACGAUAGCCAACCUACAGACUGACAACGACCUCCUUUGGCUGCACACCGUCUUCGCUGUGAUUUACCUCUUCCUCACGGUGGGCUUGAUGCGGCGCCACACGCAGUCCAUCAGAUACACAGAGGAGAACCUGGUGAGGCGGACGCUGUUCAUCACAGGACUCCCCAGAGAUGCCCAGAAGGAGACCGUGGAGAGCCACUUCCGGGACGCAUACCCCACGUGUGAAGUGGUGGAGGUCCAGCUGUGCUAUGACGUGGCCAAGCUGAUGGACCUGUGCCAGGAGAGAAAAAAGACUGAGAAAAGCCUGACCUAUUACACGAACCUGCAGCUGAAGACAGGCCAGAGGACCCUCAUUAACCCCAAGCUCUGCGGCCAGUUCUGCUGCUGUGAAGUGCCCGGGUGUGAGUGGGAGGACGCCAUCUCCUACUACAAGCGCAUGAAUGACAGGCUGACGGAGCGGAUCACACAGGAGCAAUGCAGGGUCCGGGACCAGCCCCUGGGAAUGGCCUUUGUCACCUUCCAGGAGAAGUCCAUGGCCACCUACAUCCUGAAAGACUUCAAUGCCUGCAAGUGUCAGGGCCUGCGGUGCAAAGGGGAGCCCCAGCCGUCCUCCUACAGCAGAGAGCUCUACCCCUCCAAGUGGACUGUCACCGUCGCCUCUUACCCCGAGGACAUCUGCUGGAAGAACCUCUCUACCCAGGGCCUGCGCUGGUGGGUCCAGUGGCUGGGCAUCAACUUCACUCUCUUUGUGGGGCUCUUUUUCCUGACCACGCCCUCCAUCAUCCUGUCCACCAUGGACAAGUUCAAUGUCACCAAACCCAUCCGUGCACUGAAUAACCCAGUCAUCAGCCAGUUCUUCCCAACCCUCCUCCUGUGGUCCUUCUCAGCCCUGCUCCCGACCAUCGUGUACUACUCUACACUGCUGGAGUCUCACUGGACCAAGUCUGGGGAAAACCGGAUCAUGAUGACCAAGGUCUACAUAUUCUUGAUCUUCAUGGUGCUGAUUCUGCCCUCUCUCGGCCUCACCAGUCUGGAUUUUUUCUUCCGAUGGCUCUUUGACAAAACUUUCUCAGAGGCCUCUGUCAGGUUGGAGUGCGUCUUCCUGCCCGACCAGGGCGCCUUCUUCGUGAACUACGUCAUCGCCUCAGCCUUCAUCGGUGGCGGCAUGGAGCUGCUGCGGCUGCCCGGCCUCAUCCUCUACACCUUCCGCAUGAUCAUGGCCAAGACGGCCGCCGACCGCAGGAACGUGAAGCAGAACCAGGCCUUCCAGUACGAGUUCGGAGCCAUGUAUGCGUGGAUGCUCUGCAUCUUCACUGUCAUCAUGGCCUACAGCAUCACCUGCCCCAUCAUCGCACCAUUCGGCCUCAUCUACAUCCUGCUCAAGCACAUGGUGGACCGGCACAACCUCUACUUCGCCUACUUGCCAGCCAAGCUGGAGAAAAGGAUCCACUUUGCGGCCGUGAACCAGGCUUUGGCUGCCCCCAUCCUGUGCCUCUUCUGGCUCUUCUUCUUCUCCUUCCUGCGCCUCGGUCCGAUGGCCCCCCCCACCCUGUUCAACCUCCUGGUCGUGCUGCUCACCAUCCUCGUCUGCCUGGCCUACACCUGCUUUGGAUGCUUUAAGCACCUCACCCCUCUGAACUACAAGACAGAAGAAUCAGCAAGUGACAAAGGAAGCGAGGCAGAAGGCAAUGUGCCUGCACCCUUCACACCCUAUGUGCCCCGGAUUCUGAACAGCUUGGCCUCUGAGAGAACAGCCUUGUCCCCGCAGCAGCAGCAGACCUAUGGCGCCAUCCACAACAUCAGUGCGACCAUCCCGGGGCAGGGCCUGGCCCAGAGUCCUGCGGCCGAGGUGGCGGCUGCCCUCCAGGAGGCCUGAGGGCGGUGAGCUUCAGGAUGGGCCAGGCUCCAGGAGCUGGGAGGUGAGGAGACAGAGGCGGGGAAGCAGCUCGACUCCGACGCCAACCUGGACUUCUUUCCACCUGCUUUCAGCCGCACAGCUCUGAACAGAUGGGACCAGGAAGGGGCUCAGGCCCUUGGCUGAUGGGGGAGGGUGGGACUGCUGUUGGUGGUGGUCUUUUCUGGUCACAGCAGCCGAGAAGGGAGUCCAUGCAGCUCCGUCGCCUGAGGCUGUGCUCAUUUCCAGUCCACCUUCUGCACCAGCGUUGAGCUCGAGCUGGGGUGAUGUCCCCCGUGAUUUUUAGCCACGAUCAUGUUGGAAUUGUGCCCCUCCAGACCCAUUACCUCUGAUGACUGUGUCAGGUACCAGGGAGAAAGUAACAAGUGGAAAACCUCCCUUCUGAGUGCCCAGACCCCACCUACCCUUUCUGGGCACACACAGCGCCUGAUGAGCAAAGAGCCUACAGCAGUCCCGGGCCUGAGACGGGGCCAGAUGACACCGGGGCUCAUUCCCUCUGGGUAUUAACCAUCCACCCCGCCCCCGUCUCAGGAGUGAGCUGUGGGGACAGGAAGGGAAUGGGCCAGUGCUGGGCUGCAGAGGCUCCUGCAGCUGCACAUGCACCUGCGCAUCCCGCUAUGGGUCUGUGUUCUUGUAUCAUGUUGCCAGUGAAGCUGUGGCUGGGUCAGGGUCGCCCUGCAGCAGGCAGGGACAAUGAGGACCACUAAUAAAGUGCCCAUUCAGCCAGACUG